AUGUUACAAGAAGCGUAUGAUUUAUUGCAGGACAUAUUAGGAGAUCCGUUACUGGCUGACUUACCUGAGGACGUGGACACGGAGGAUGUGAGAUGUCAGAUAGCAAGAGCUAAGGGACAUGUUAUAGACCUAACCCUGCUUAGACCCGGGGACAACAAGAUGAGAGUGUCAGUGUUACACAACGCCCGAGUGUCAGAUCUCCAAAGAAUAGUAACUAAAGCCAUAAAACGAAGUACCCCUGACCUACCCAAAGCUUACUCUUGGAGGUCUAUGUGGAGGAGAUACAACCUGUCAGUCGGAAGUAUUAAACUGUCGGACCGGAACAGGAUGUUAAUCCACUACGGAGUAAAGAAUAACGACACAGUCUCCUUCACAAAACGAGUUGCUGUAACCAGCACACAUGCACCACCUCCCCCGCACAGACGACGCUGA